GCGGCGCGGCGGCAGUGGGAGGGCGCGCGGCCGAGCGGAGGCAGAGUCCGCGCCGAUACCAUGGCUGGAGGCAAAGCUGGAAAGGACAGUGGGAAGGCCAAGGCUAAGGCUGUGUCUCGCUCACAGAGAGCUGGGCUGUUUCCUGUGGGCCGCCUCCACAGACACUUGAAGACUCGCACCACAAGCCACGGAAGGGUGGGUGCCACUGCUGCCGUGUACAGUGCUGCAGUUCUGGAGAACCUCACUGCUGAGGUGCUGGAGCUGGCAGGUAACGCUUCCAAGGAUCUCAAAGUAAAGCGUAUCACUCCACGUCACUUGCAGCUUGCAAUCCGUGGUGAUGAAGAGUUGGAUUCCCUUAUCAAGGCUACCAUAGCUGGGGGUGGUGUGAUCCCUCACAUCCACAAAUCUCUGAUUGGAAAGAAGGGACAGCAGAAAACUGCUUAGAGGGUUGUUUUAACCAACCCUCUUCCUCCCCGUCAUUGUACUGUAACUGAGACAGAAGAAAUAAUGGGGAUAUAUGAAAUUUUUUAAAACAGUUAAAUGGAAAAGCAUAGACAAUUACUGUAGACAUGAUAAAAGAAACA